UGUAACAACAAAAUUGCUAAUAUAGUUGUAGUUCUAUCAGUUUACUAUUCCAUGUUGUAAAAUUCAGAGACAGCUGACAGAGUCAAGUCCGAUUUUUUCAAUUGUUAACAAUUGUUAAUUGUAAGAAUUAUAACGUGUAGGCCUGUUUUUGUAAACCUUGGUUGUUUACACUCUACAAAGACUAGAAUUUUGAAAUAUGAAUUCUUCCAAGAUGGAAAGAUUUUUGCCGAAUGAGUGUUAUGUUUGUAAAUCCAGAGACAAAUUAAAAAUAUGUGAAUGCAACAUGAUUUCCUAUUGUUCUGAGGAUCAUCGAUUACAACAUUUGCCAGUUCAUGGAAGUUUUUGCAAAGUAAUUAAGGAAUUAUUAAAAGAAAAAAAAGUGCCACAUAUUCAUGAAGAGCUUCAAAUUUUAUGCGAAGACGCUUGGGUAACAAAAAGGUUGCAAAUAUUGAAUGAAAUAAAACAAAAAUUAGGAAGAUCUAUGAGUCCUUUAGAACAUUUAAUGUUUAAUCGUCCGCGAAUAUGUUUGGUUUGCCGUCAAACAAGACAAGAAGAUUUAAACAAUUGUCCCCAUUGUCCAGUGGCAAGCUUUUGUAAAAAGCAUCCUCGAAAUGAACUUCACAGUAUGAAUUGCAAAGUGAUCAAUCAAUAUUUAAAAAUUUUGAACACAGCCGAGGAAUUAAACAUUGACUUGGAAUUUCUCUCUUCUACUUUUCCAUGUAUUACAGUUAAGGGAAACGGAAUUUUGGGCAAACUUACACGGACAUUCCAUGUAAUUGACAUGGAGGAAAGUUGUUUAAAAUCGAGAUUAUUGAAAAUGGACCUUAUUAACUUUAAGGAUGCAGCUUCGAAAAUUAAUAGUGCUUUACAAAAAGUACACGAAACGAUUCCAGGAGAAUUGACAAUUCAUAUCGAUGCCCUUUCCUACGAACACGCCAUUACAAAAGAAAAUUAUUGGGAGUUUCUCUUGCAUCUCAAUCCGCAGAUAAAAAAGUUAAAAAUUGUCAUCACUCAAACUGAAAACCGGAACAAUUCUAAGUCUCUUUGCAAAAAGUGUCAUUCAAAGGGAAAAGAAUUAAUUGUUGAAUAUUUGUCAAAAUCUUACGAUGAUUAUAUGCUAGAUGAAAAUUAUCGGAAACCGGAUAUUUUGUUUUACAUGAAAAUCGUCGAUGAGUGUAAUUCUGAAAAACGAAAUAAGUGGAGUGAACUUAACUGUCCCGUCAUUUUGCGAUUUGACACAAAUUCGAUCUUUUGUCAAACAUUACAAUUUCUCUCGCUUUCAACAGCGAAGUUUGAAUUUAUUUACGAGGGACAAAUAAAAGCACCAUUCAGUACAUUAUCCUCUAUUGAAAAUAAAGACUAUUUUAUAAUUUUGCAAACAAAGGAGAACAAAGUUAACAAAGUUCUUGAAAAAUCUUUAGAUGCAGUAACAGGCGAAAUUACCGAGGACAAAAUCGCUACCAGCACGACUAAAAAUCUCUCAGAUGUUGAAGAUAUUGAUUUAGAAACUCUUAAAUGCGUCGAAAGUAAUUCAAAAGAUGAUUCAGAAUCAAAAGAUAACUCUGACAAUAACGAAAAUUCAAAAUUGAGAAUAAACGAAAAUCAAUCUGCUUCUACUUCUUACAUCGAUUCAAACAAGAUUAUAGUAAUUGAAAAGGAAAAUAUAGACACAAACGAAACCGAGGAGGAGAAAAAUUGUAAUAAGGAAAAAACGGAAACUAAAGAAUCGAAUAAGGAAGAGAAAUCCGAAGAUCGUGUAACUCAUUCACCAUCGUCAUCUGUACGUUCAUUUGUUAUUAUUUCGAGACCCGGAGAAAAGGAGGAAGAAAAAAAAGAAUUUCUCGAUCCAAUUGGAAAAGAGCGAAAAAAUGCGGAAGAGGACAAUAUGGAAAAGAAGAAUAUAGAAGAGCGCAAAGAGAAGGAAAAUGAUAAAAAAAUUCUCGUCAAUUCGGAGAGUUUCGAAAACAACAGAACAGUUCAUUUUUCCCAGUCCUAUGUAAUCGGACAUGGUUCGUAUCUUGAAAAUGAAAGCGAAGGUUUACGACAACAAUUAGAUUUGGCUUUAAAAGAAAUAACGAAACUACAGACAAAAUUUGAUCAGGUUUGUUAUGAAUUAAACAAAAAGGAAAAGGUAAUAAAGAAUUUAUUACGCGUUAUUGUCAACUUUGAAGACACUGAUUCAGUGUGUGAAGAGAACAAAAUUUAAAUCCUCUAUUUUCUUAUUUUUUAAAAAAAAUCUUUUAUUUUUGUUUUUGAAUUUGAAAUUCAAAUACUAAUUUCUUUUUUACUUCCUCUUUUACAUUUUUAAUGAUUCGUAAU